UAAGUGAAGAGUGGGGGGAAAAACAGCUUCUGAACCAUUCCAGGCAGUUUCAGUGCAAGAGGGUCAGAAAGGGAGGGCGAUUCGUGUGCUACUAGGGUGAGAUGGGGUCUGAAUUUAUUUUAUGGAAACACCGUUUGCUCUUUUCUCUGAUAGUCUUAAGUAUUACAAGUUCUAAGGUCCACUAUGGGCUCGCAGCUCCUGUUGAAAAUCAAGGCAGUUUGACGAAGAUGCUCCCCAGGGGCAGUCACUGGGCGGUGGGUCACUUGAUGGGGAAAAAAAGCAUUGACGAUGGCCUUUAUGGCUAUGCCAACAGUGACAACAUGGUGCAUCCAGUUCUGUCAGAAAAAGCUAAGCAGCCAGAAGGUGAUCUGCAAUGGGCUGAGAUAGCAAAGAAUUUCUUAAGCUUGUUGGAGGAAGCAAAAUCCAGAAAGGUCCAGCAAACAAGGGAACAUUUUCCAAUAUUUAACAAGAAACCAUGGCAGACAACCAACGAAGACUCCAAAGGGAUGGUGGAUUAUCUUCUGCAAUUGAUGAACCUGAAGGACGAAACCCCAAGUUGAAUACAUGAUAUCAAUCCUGCCAGAAAUAAAUCUAAAGAGACUAUUAUGUUUUUUUCCUCCAAGUGUUUAGCUGUACCAAAUAUCAGACAAAAUUGUUUUUUGUUUUAAAAUAACUGAAUGUUCUUGUACCUCUGAACAUUAACUAAAUGAUUUUCACACAGCAGAUUAUGUUUUGAUGUUUUUAAUGUAAAUAAGCAUUGUUAGGGAAGGUCUUCCAAUAUAAUGAUCAUAAUUUUACUAUUUUGGUGUUUUAUAAUCAUUCACCUUUUGGGUUGCCGCUACAUUAUGAAUUCUAAAAAUAAAAUCUUAACCCAUAUCA